AUGAUUACUACUCGCAAAAGAAUGUUUAAUACCAUUAAUACAAUUAAUGAUGUAUUUCGACAAACAUUAGUUAAGGGUUGUCAUUUUCACUACGCUCAGAAUGUAUGGAAAAAAGUUAAAAAAUAUGGUUUGGUAAAAUUAGCAAAACAAGAAAAUAUUCAGUGGAUUAAUGAAGUUCGUUCGUCUGAAGAAUCUGUUAUGUGUCAUUAUGAACAUGAACAAGCUCAAAAGCGUACAACACGACCACGAAAAAUGAAAAAUAUACGUGAUGAUGUGAAGCUUAAAUUAGCAAAAACAAAAUAUAUUGAAGAUAAAGACUUUGAUAGGUAUCAAAAAGUUUUAAGAGCUCUUUCUCAUCGAUAUAUAGAUGUUAUAAAAGAUGCCGGAGAUAACAUAAACGAAUUAGAUGAUGAAGGACGAUUAUUUUACUUUAAGCAUAAUCAAAUUUGUACAAAUGUUUGGAAAUGUUUUACGUUAAUCAAUGAUGAUAGUUCAGAUAAUGAUGAUUAUACCGAUGACGAUAUUUUAGAGCAAAUAAAUCGGACAAAUCAAAAUUAUAAACAGAUAAAAGAACAGUUAACAAAUGAAACACAAAAAUAUAAAAAUUGUAAUGAUGAAUUUCAAAAUAUUCAACAAACAUUAACAGAUUAUACAAGAAAAAUCAAUGAAAUAUUCGUAUGUAUAUCAUUUUUAUUAAUAUAUUUUUAUUAUUUAUUUAAUUUUUAUUUAACUUUUAAUUUUAAGACAAAUUCGAUAAAUAAAAAUUUAAAUUUAAAUACAUUGACAAUAGCUCGUAGACAAAUUGAUAAUCUCGAAAUAACAAAUUAUCUUGAUCCAUUUAAAAAAUUAAUUUUAAAUUCAAUUGAUCAUAAUUUACAAUUAGCCAAUGAUAUUAAUUCACUUUUAUUAACAUAUGAUAUUUCAGAUGAUAAUCAAUCAUUAAAAGAUAAUUUAAAUAUUAUUAAAACAAAAUUAGAAGAAUUAGAACAAGAAAAACAAAAUCUAUCAUAUGAACAUAAUUCUCGAGAAGAAACAUUUCGAAAUGAAUUAGAUCAAUUAGCUGCUGAAAAAGACUCAUUUUGGCAACAACAUGUAGAUGAAGAAUGUGAUCGUGUACGUGAACAAUGUUUAAUUGAACAAAAUCGAAAAGAAACAUUAUUAAAAAAUGAAUUUGAUGAACAAAUAAUUGAUUAUAAUAAUCGAUUAAAAACAUUAUCAAGUCAAAAUAAUGAUUUUUUACAAAGACUAAAUUUACUUCAAAAAGAUUCAGCAAUUCAGUUAGAAGAAACAAAUACCAAAUUACAAAUAUGUAAAACUGAUCUUGAAAAUGAGCGUGAAAGACAAACGGAGUUAUUAAACAUGAUAUCGUCAAAAGAUGAACAAUUGAUUCGAAAUGAACGAGAAAAAAAUGAUAUUAUCAAGGAUCUAUCUGGAGAAGUUGAUAUUUACAAAGAACAAGUAAAACAAUUUUCCAUAACAAUUCUGCAACUAGAAAAAAGUUUAUUAGAAGAACAACAGAAACGAAUUAAAUUACAAGAGGACGUUGAACAGCAUAAAAAACAACAUCCAAAAGAAAUAGUACAGGCACCUACAUACGAAGUACUUGUACCCGCCGUUCCCGUCAUAGAGCCAGCUGAUCUAAGUCAUGAAUUAUUUGCCUAUAAAUCUCGUAUACAAGAACAAGAUCAAAUCAUUGUAUCGUUACGACGUGAUUUAUCGGGUGCUGCUGCACGACUCUCGGAUGUUCAGGGUGAAUUAAGUGAAAAACAAAAACGUCAAAUAGAAAAAAAUGAAACAUUAAUUCGCGAACAAACGCGAGAAUUAGGUGACACAAGAUCAAAAUUAUCAAAAUUAUCCGAUAUUGUUGAUAAACAAUCACGUCAAAUUGAAUCGUUACAAACAGAUCUAACAAAAGCCAAAGCGCUCUCAAAUCAAUAUCAAUUAUUAGUUGAUCAAAAACAAGCUGAAAUUGAACGAUUAUCAAAAACAGUCGAACAAAAAAAUAUUAUUGUUGAAAGAGCAGAAAAAAGUAAAGAUGAAGAAGGUCGUAUAACUCAUGAAUUAGUUGCUGUUGGUGCUCAAUGUAAAGGUGAGCGUCAUGAACAAACAAUAUCGAGACAACGUGAGGCUCUAAAUGAAUUACGUGCACGAAUUAAAAAUCUUGAACAACUACGUCCAGCUAAUCCUCCAUAUGAAAAAGUUUUACAGCAAGUUAUUCUAUUAAAAAAAGAAUUAGCCGAAUUAAGAGCAAGACAGGCAUUACCAAUGGAUAUACCAAGUUUAACAUCAACUUCAUCACAGCAAAAUUUUCGAGUAUCACCCAAUGAUGAUAUUCAAAAUGGUGAGGUUCAAAAAAUAAUUGAAGAACGAACAGCGCAUGCUGAUACUAUGAAUGUACUGCAAACUUGUGAAGAAGUGUACAGUACACUAGUGAGAAGAUUAGCUCAAUUACUUGAACUGGACGAUGAGAUAUCUAAUGUAACACCAUUAUCUACAUUGGGUGCUAAUGAACGAUAUGCCGGAUUACAACAACGACAACGAGCAGCAGACAUGUUAACACAAAAAAUUGAGAUGCUUCGUGAUCGUUUAUCAAGAAAAGAAGAAUUAUUACGAGAUUAUGAAAAAGAUCUUGGCAAAUUGAGACAAGCUGAAAUACUUAUCAAAGAAAAAAAUAUGUUAUUGCAAGAUUUGGAGGUUGGCAAACGAACAAAUGAGGAUGAAGCUCUAUUUUUACGUAGUACAUUGAAACAAACGCAAGAUCAGUUAAAUCAUGAACAACGUGUUAAUACAGCUAUCAAAUUAGGAAGAAAUAUUGAUGGAGAUCAUUCAACCGAUUUAAUUCGUCGUAGUGGCUCCAAACAAUCUACAACUACAUUACAUCAUCAUUGUCCACCCGAUAUUGGACCAAAAAUAAAAACAGUCAAAAAAGAAAUGAAUCAGAAAAUCGCAAGAAAAGAUUAUGAAAUUAAAACAUUAAAACAAGAAUUACAUGAAGCAUUAGAUACAUUAUCAGAACAGUCUCAUCGCGUUAAAUUAGCUGAAUUACAGUCGAGAGAUACAUUACACGAAUCUUGA